AUAACUGUCACUUGUAUUGUCGACGAAUUCUUGAAGAGGCGAGCGAAAGUAAACCUGUAUGUUUUAUUUAAUUGCAUUCGUUCAAAAUGAAAUUAGCAUUUGUGAUAGUCGUAUUUUUGAAAUUCCUCCUAGUCCGAGGCAAUCUCGAAGUCGUACAAGAUGAUGAGCUGAUGAACCUCAUCAGGACUGAAAAAUAUGUUGUAGUUUUGUUUUCAAGAAAAUACUGUGAAUCAUGUGAUAACUACGAAAACGAGUUGAUUUCUCUCAGGGAAGAAUUAGUAGACGCUCUGAACGCUUGGGUUGUGAAGGUAGAGGACAGUCAAAUGACUAGGUUAUACAGCCAGGAUAAGGAGCCUGUUAUAGUGUUUUUCCGGCACGGCGUUCCGUUGCUUUACAACGGCCCCUUAAACGACGAACUGAUUCUGCAUACGUUAACUUCGAACAAGGAGCCGGUGUCGAAGGAAUUAACCGACAACACGUUCGAGCAUUUAACGCAGGCCGCCACAGGAGCCACGACCGGUGACUGGUUCGUUAUGUUCUACACGCCGGAUUGCGUGGAUUGCACUCGAAUGCAAGCCCGCUGGGAAGCCGUAGGAGCUAAAAUAAAAUCCAGGAUCAACAUCGCUCGAGUGAAUAAAGCAGGAAGCGGGGCGGCUACAGCCAGACGUUUCGAAGUACUCGCCAUACCUUCUUUCAUACUGUUCAGGCAAGGGAAGAUGUAUCGAUACAACAUCCAGAAGUUCGAUGUCGCUUCCCUAUCGGACUUCGCCCUGACUUGGUACAAGAACGUCACUCCCGAGAAGGUGCCGCUCCCUAAGACGCCGUUUGAUGAUUUUGUUACUAUGGUGGCCAUGUACAUGAAGGAGAACCCUUGGUUGUGGCAACUCGGCUUCGGGACCUUUGUUUUGGGGCUGUUCGCUUCCCUCAUAACCCGAUUCACCAGGAAGGCGCCGGCGGAGAAGAAAAAGUCCGCUAAGAAAGAUAAGAAAGAGAAGUCGAAGACUAAAUAGAUUUGUGAAUAUUAAGUUUUUUAAAUAAAUUUAUCUUUAUUUCUUAGA